AUGUUAAUCCACUGUAAACUGGUAAUACUGAUACUCGUGCUGAGUGUUGAUGGCCAAGUUCUUUUAAGGGAAAUCUUUGGUGGUCACGAGGUUGUGCCACAUAGCAGGCCAUACAUGGUGCUUUUGGAACUGCACAUGCUGCAUGGUUUAACAAACUAUUGCGGUGGCUUCCUUCUGAAUGAGGAUUCUGUGAUGACUGCAGCCCACUGCAAAGCCAGGUUCUACACAGUCUUACUGGGAGUUCACAAUGUCCAUAACAGUGGUGAAGUACAGCGCGUAUCUGUGGACCAAACAUUUCCACAUAAAGACUUCAAUUCAACAUUGUUAAAAAAUGACAUCAUGCUCCUUAAGUUGAACUCCAAGGCAAAAUUCAGCAAAAAUGUGAGACCCAUUGCUCUCGCAGGUCAAGAUGAUGGCUCUCUCCCAAAAUCAUGUAGAGCCUCUGGCUGGGGAAAAACUGACAGGAACCACAAAUAUAUGUCACAUGUACUCAGGGAGGUCAACGUAACACUCACUGACAGUGAGAAGUGUCGUAAGGACAACUUGUACUGCUCUGAGGGAGAGACUGGACCGGCUGAGGGAGACUCUGGUGGCCCAUUGGUCUGUGAAGAUGGGAAGGCAUACGGCGUGGUGUCCUCCGUCCUCAAACCAAAGUCAGGUGGCCCGUUGAUCCAUGGUUUCACUUAG